GCCCUUUUAACUCAGUGGUAGAGUAACGCCAUGGUAAGGCGUAAGUCAUCGGUUCAAAUCCGAUAAGGGGCU